CCAUUAUUUCUACCCAACAUCCAAGCCGUGCCAUUUGGCUUUUCUCCCUUCAAACACUCCACACCAAAAAAAAAUAAAAAUUUAACAGAUCUAGAUUCAUAAUCAUAUUGAAACAAAUAACAAUCAAAUGGCCGCAGGCGAGCGACACCACCGCCGCAAAACCCCCUCCUUCUCCUCCUCCCUCCUCGACGCCAUCUACCACUCCAUCGACGACCCCCAAUCCCCCUCCCCCCUCCGCCGCAACCCCUCCUCCCACGUCGACGACGAGAUCCAAAGCCUCCGCCGCGCCAUCAUGGUCGAAAAAUGGAUGCACAACCACACCCCUGCCACAAAAUCAAGGCAUUUCCCCACCAAUUCAUCCGAUUCCAAUUCCAAUUCCAAUUCCAGCUGCAUCUUCACCUCAUCCGAAACCGACUCCUCCUCCGCCACCCCCAAAAAACCGGACCGGUUCAACCGGUUCAACCGGACCAAAUCGACGAAAAAACCGAACCAGCCGGUCUCCCCGGGCGCCCGAAUCGCCAAUUUCCUAAACUCCAUCUUCAGCUCCCGAAAUGCGAAAAAGGAUCAUCAUCAUCAUCAUCAUCAAUCGGUGAGGAAAUCGAGAUCGAUGAAGGACGCAAUUGCAUCAUCGUCAUCAUCAGCGAUGUCGAGAUCGUGCCUGAUGGCAGCGAACCGGAAUGCGAGUAAGUCGAAACGGUCGGUCCGGUUCAACCCGGUUCUCGACAGCGGGGGCGUGGGGAGCCGGUUUAUUAAAAAGAAUAUGGAGAGCAUUUUAGUGUAUGAAAAUGAGCGGAGGUACUCCGACGCGAGCUCCGAUCUUUUCGAGCUCGAAAACAUCGGAGCUUACGACGAAGAGCUCCCCGUGUACGGAACCACGGAUGUUAAGAUCAAUCGCGCCAUUGCUAGUGGCUUCGUUGUGUAGUAUUGUAUCAAUGGAAAUUUCUAGUUUUCAAGAGUAUUUUAGCAUGCUUUUUA